GUCUCUGGUGUGUGUAGGUGAUGCUGGAUAGCGGUGUGUGUAUUGUGUAAUCUCAGUGUGUUGUCUCUGGUGUGUGUAGGUGAUGCUGGAUAGCGGUGUGUGUAUUGUGUAAUCUCAGUGUGUGUUGUCUGGUGUGUGUGUAGGUGAUGCUGGAUAGCGGUGUGUGUAUUGUGUAAUCUCAGUGUGUUGUCUCUGGUGUGUGUAGGUGAUGCUGGAUAGUGGUGUGUGUAUUGUGUAAUCUCAGUGUGUUGUCUGGUGUGUGUAGGUGAUGCUGGAUAGCGGUGUGUGUAUUGUGUAAUCUCAGUGUGUUGUCUCUGGUGUGUGUAGGUGAUGCUGGAUAGCGGUGUGUGUAUUGUGUAAUCUCAGUGUGUUGUCUGGUGUGUGUAGGUGAUGCUGAAUAGCGGUGUGUGUAUUGUGUAUUCUCAGUGUGUUGUCUCUGGUGUGUGUAGGUGAUGCUGGAUAGCGGUGUGUGUAUUGUGUAAUCUCAGUGUGUUGUCUGGUGUGUGUAGGUGAUGCUGGAUAGCGGUGUGUGUAUUGUGUAAUCUCAGUGUGUUGUCUCUGGUGUGUGUAGGUGAUGCUGGAUAGCGGUGUGUGUAUUGUGUAAUCUCAGUGUGUUGUCUCUGAUGUGUAUUGUGUGUGUAGGUGAUGCUGGAUAGCGGUGUGUGUAUUGUGUAAUCUCAGUGUGUUGUCUGGUGUGUGUAGGUGAUGCUGGAUAGCGGUGUGUGUAUUGUGUAAUCUCAGUGUGUUGUCUGGUGUGUGUAGGUGAUGCUGGAUAGCGGUGUGUGUAUUGUGUAAUCUCAGUGUGUUGUCUCUGGUGUGUGUAGGUGAUGCUGGAUAGCGGUGUGUGUAUUGUGUAAUCUCAGUGUGUUGUCUGGUGUGUGUAGGUGAUGCUGGAUAGCGGUGUGUGUAUUGUGUAAUCUCAGUGUGUUGUCUGGUGUGUGUAGGUGAUGCUGGAUAGCGGUGUGUGUAUUGUGUAAUCUCAGUGUGUUGUCUGGUGUGUGUAGGUGAUGCUGGAUAGCGGUGUGUGUAUUGUGUAAUCUCAGUGUGUUGUCUGGUGUGUGUAGGUGAUGCUGGAUAGCGGUGUGUGUAUUGUGUAAUCUCAGUGUGUUGUCUGGUGUGUGUAGGUGAUGCUGGAUAGCGGUGUGUGUAUUGUGUAAUCUCAGUGUGUUGUCUGGUGUGUGUAGGUGAUGCUGGAUAGCGGUGUGUGUAUUGUGUAAUCUCAGUGUGUUGUCUCUGGUGUGUGUAGGUGAUGCUGGAACAGAUGCAGGGUCUGAUGCACCUGGAGUUGGCCGGUUGUAAUGACUUCACUGAGGCCGGUCUGUGGUCCAGCCUGAACGCACGGCUCACCUCGCUCAGCGUCAGCGACUGUAUCAACGUAGCAGACGACGCCAUCGCUGCCAUCUCACAGCUACUGCCCAACCUGUCAGAGCUCAGCCUGCAGGCCUACCACGUAACCGACACAGCCAUGGCUUACUUCACAGCCAAACAGGGCUACACCACUCACACGCUGCGUCUCCACUCGUGUUGGGAGAUCACCAACCAUGGUGUGGUUAACAUGGUCCACAGCCUGCCCAACCUCACGGCUCUGAGCCUGUCAGGCUGCUCUAAAAUCACUGAUGACGGGGUGGAGCUAGUAGCAGAGAACCUGAGGAAGCUGCGGAGCCUGGACCUCUCCUGGUGCCCACGCAUCACAGACAUGGCCCUGGAGUACAUCGCCUGUGACCUCCACAAACUAGAGGAGCUGGUACUGGACAGAUGUGUGAGGAUUACAGAUACAGGUCUAGGUUACCUGUCCACCAUGUCUUCUUUGAGGAGUCUCUACCUGCGCUGGUGCUGUCAGGUGCAGGACUUUGGGCUACAGCACCUGUUUGGCAUGAGGAGUCUACGUCUUCUCUCUCUUGCAGGUUGUCCACUCCUAACCACUACAGGUCUAUCUGGUUUGAUCCAGAUCCAGGAUCUAGAGGAGUUGGAGUUGACCAACUGUCCUGGCGCCACAGCCGAACUCUUCAAGUACUACUCACAACACCUGACACGCUGCAUGGUCAUCGAGUAG